AGGGAUCCCUUAUGCUAGCCUCACUGGUAGAGAUCAUUUUAGGGGCCACAGGAAUGAUGGGAACUCUGUUGAGAUUCGUCAGCCCCAUCUCUAUAGCAGUAACGAUAACUCUUGUCGGCAUAUCUCUCCAUCCCAUCCCGGCUAUGUACAGUAGUUGUUACUGGCCUAUUGCUCUUCUGUGCGCCGCUCUGAUGAUGUUGUUUGCCUUCUACCUGACCCACGUCCGGGUCCCACUCCCCCGACAGACGUGCUGUCGUCGUGAAGCAACUGUUGAACCCCAGACCAAGAUUCCUAUCUUCGAUAUCAUGUCUAUUCCACUCAGCGCGGCAGUGUGUUGGGUCCUAUGUUUCAUCCUCACAAUGACGAACUUCUUUCCCGAUGACCCCAGUGACCCUACAUAUCGUGCAAGAACAGAUGCGCGUGGAGAUAUCAUCCGGGCAACACCCUGGUUCUUCUUACCUUACCCAGGACAGUUUGGAUACCCUAAAAUCAACGUGCCGAUAUUUCUUGGAUUUCUAUUCGCGUUCGUCGCGUCAGCUAUUGAAUCUGUAGGAGAUUAUUUCGCUGUGGCAGAAUCGUGCAAUGCUGAACCCCCACCAAACCACGCCAUCAACAGAGGAAUCCUAACAGAGGGACUACUUAGUUUAAUGUCCGGAGCUGUGGGUAUCGGGACAUGCCACAUCUACGUACAGUGUUUCUGCCGCUAUACCGGGAAUAACAAAGGUGGGCAGUCGAUAUGUGCUUGUUUUUGCGGGAAUACUUGCAAUGUUGAUGGGCGUGAUUGGCAAGAUGGGCGCGGUCAUGUCGUCUAUACCGGAACCGGUAGUGGGAGGAGUCUCGUUGGUUGGAUUUGGUAUUAUAGUGGGGAUAGGCGUGUCUGCCCUCCGAUCCGUGGAUCUGACGUCAUCAAGAAACAUCUCCAUUAUAGGCACUUCCAUAUUUGGAGCUGUUGUAAUCUCUGAUUGGUUACAAAGUAACAAAGGGGCAAUUGAUACAGGUUCGGAACAAUGGAAUAACAUUAUAGACCUGGUACUGGGGACUCCGAUGAUGGUUGGAUGUAUCAUCUCAAUAUUCCUUGAUAAUACUGUCCGAGGAACUGACAUGGAACGAGGAUUAACAUCAUCCAGAGAAGAGUCUCUCGUCCAAUCCGUUAGUGAUAUUGUACGGACCAGUAAGAAUCUAGGUCGUAUGAACUCUCAAACGGAAGAACUGAUAAGUCAUGGACGUCAAGCGUACGAAAGAGAUGAGAGUAUUAAUAUUUAUGAUCUCCCUUUGAUUGGUAAACUACAGCGAAGAAUACCAUGUCUACGAUAUAUUCCAUUUUUUCAGCCCUACUAUCAAACUCAUGACCCGUCUCCGUCUAACGAUACGGAGAAUGUUUGAAUAAUUACAAUAGGAAAGAAACAAUGCUUAAACCUAUUUCGUUAUUUGUUUUAUUAUUGUAUUUCUUAUUUCUCAUGCCCAGAAGUUUUGUCCGUAUAAAAAUAAAUA